UAUCAAAUUAAUCAAUCUUUACAUCAAAGAAGCUAACUACUUAUUUAAGAAGCUGCCAAAUUUAUUUAUAUAAUAAUGGAAGCAUCAAAGGUUUGCUGCCCACCUGGUGAAGCUGUUGGAAACUCAUGCUGCAAAUGUGCCCCGGGAUGGACUUGCGUGAUCAAAAAGAUUGAAGAACCCGAACUUCUUACCGCUGGCGAGCAUUUCACCAAAUGCUCCGAAAGCUGUGUUUGCAUCACUGAUGAGUCUAGCAAAGUAGAGACUGAGGGAGGAUUCUGUGUUUGCAAAGAAGGGUAUACAUGUAGCUUCGUAAAGACUGAAGGCCCUGAUGCCGGGAAAGUCUUUUUCGAGUGCGGCAAUGGCUGCAGGUGUGAGAUUUCUGCCUCCGGCGAUGAGGUUGUUGUUGUCAAAGAAGCCUAAGAAGCCUUUUAUUGAUGUAUCAUUUAGCUUUACAAAAUGUGUGUGUUAAAGGAGUACAGUGUGGAGCUUAUGGCGAAGUUUAUAUGCAAUAUGCUUAUGCAUGAUUGUACAUUUGUACGUAUUAUUAUUACUACUAUAUGAUACCUUUGGUUUUGUUUUUUACGGAGUAAUAAUAAGCAUUAUUAUUGUUGAGUGUUGAUUA